AUGACGGAAGAUAGAAAUCCAGCAACAGAUUUAACAGAAAAAACUCAUCUGCAAUCACUGAAUGAUCAGAACAACGAAAAUGCAUCAGAAUCCAGUCCACCAUUACAAUUAGAAAAGCAAAGGGAAUUGCAAGAUGAGGAACAGGCGGCACAUCUAGAAAAGCAGGAUGAGCAACCGGAAAUGGAAAAAGAAGGUUCGUUGGAGGAACAAAUUGAAAAUCUUUUAAGUAAAUCCCGGGAGGACGGCAAAGAAAUUAGUGAGGCAGACGAACUUCGAACUGUCGCCGAAUUCUGUCUGAACAGACUUCGAGAUAUAGGAGACUCAGAAGAAGAAGGCGAAACGAAACAGCAUCUGUUGUCUAAGUUGGUGGACUGCCGUUUUAGACUGGAAAGAUUGAAGGAAUUUGACGUCACUGGGGAGAUGCUACAUAUUCGGACGCACAAGAAUCAUGAACUUGUAGUACAGUCAGCUCGAGGUCGAAACCCUUAUUGUGAAGUAUGCAUGUCAACAGUUUGGCGGUUGAUCCAAAGCGAUCAUUCCUUCCCUUCAAAACUUUCUUUAAUUAAAAUUAAAGAUCAUUACUUUAGCCUCAUAACAAAAAUAUGUCCAGAACGAGGCUUAGAUGCUCAGGACUACGCGUGUGCAGAGUGCAGGAAACCAUUACAGUUUGGUAGUUCUGCUGAUGUUGAGCCACGUUUAUGUGAUUACAAUGGACUGUAUUACUGCUCACAUUGCCAUUGGAAUGACGAGUGGAUGAUCCCGGCGCGGGUCUUGUCUAACUGGGACUGUAACAAAUAUAAGGUAUGUCGUGCGUCGAAACAGCUAUUAUCUUGCAUUGAUCGUAAACCGUUGUACAAUUUUUCUCAGCAAAACCCUCGUCUACUAAAGUUUGUUGCUCAGCUAAUGAAGAUCCAUAAACUGCGGACGAAUAUAAUGUUUAUGAAAUGUUACUUCGUUUGUUGCAAAGAAGCUCGUAAGCUGCGUAUUCUACAAUACUUAAAUCGCCGUCAGCACUUUGUUGAAAAUGCCGAAAUGUACAGUCUUGCCGAUCUGCGCGAUUUAGUGGAGGGUCGUCUGAUUCCCGAAAUAGAACAAAUUGUUUCUAUCUUUGCUGAACACAUAACGCGGGACUGCUUAAUUUGUCAAGGAAAUGGGUUCGUGUGUGAAUUGUGCUCAGAUGAUAAGGCCGAUUACUUUCAGGUGAUAUAUCCUUUCUCAGAAGGGGUUGCAAUAUGUCAAGUCUGUUGUGCCGUUUUUCAUUCGCAGUGUUUCAACGUAAACAGUAAACGAUGCCCACGGAUAAUCAUGAGGGGGCAUCUGAAAAGAAAGCAAAGAUUUGCAAAAGGUUUCAACCGGCUUCCAAAUACUGCCGUAAGAUAUGGCAUCAAAAGGGGUGAUGUCUCAGGAGCAAAGACAAGGGAAACUAGUGAAUUUCGGGCUUGGAAGUGGUUAGUUUGGGAGACCAGGCAGAGGCUAAAAAGAAUAGGCUUUUUGAAGCUAAGAUCAUUAGAAGUUAUGAAAGAUCUUUUUAAGUGCGGUAACUUUGAGUUUCGGCAUAAGGUACUGCACCGUGUAUCCAGUGGAGCGGUUUAUCGUCGCUCUGCUUUGUUUGUUUUGGAAAGGUCUGUACUCAUUGAAUAUUUCUUUCUGCAGAUGUCAGUGGACAGCGUUCCCAGGGACCUGAGGAAUCUACGAGCAUGUCUUCUUUGUUCAAUGGUUAAAUCGCUUGAUCAAUUCGUUCUUGAUGGCUGUGAUAAUUGCGAAAGAUAUCUGACUAUGAAAGGUGAUGAGGAAAAAGUUAGCGAGUGCACAAGUUCAAAUUUUGACGGAAUAAUAGCUGCAGCUUCUCCUGAGGAUUCUUGGGUCUGCAAGUGGCAGAAGAUCAACCGGAAGGUGAAAGGAGUUUAUGCUGUAUCAGUAUCCGGAAGCUUACCAUCGCAUAUUAUACAAGAACUAAAAGCUCAAAAUGUUCGUUAUGUGCCAAAUAUGAGAGAUACUACUGAAAAAGUUUAA